UAUUCGAUACUUGUUAAGCCGAUAGCUCCAAACCCCGGGUGACGGGUUAAAACGCCCACCCCUACGGCUCUGUCAUCCUGCGUCUCUGCGGACGUUAGAUGUUUCCUCCGUUUCAUUCGUCUCUCUCUCCCCCGAAUAUGGAAGAAUCCAAGCCUCGUAAGCUCUCGAGCAACAACAAUGGUGGUCACCACAGCCAGAACCAGAACCAUGAUUAUCUCCUCGACACGAACCUCGCUGAGAGAGCAAUGUGGCUCAUGAAAUGCCCUUCUAUCGUCGCUCGCUCCCUCCAGUUUUCCCCAUCUUACCCCGACGAUCCUUCUCGUCCCAUCGCCAAAGUCAUCCUCUCUAUCGAUCCUCUGGUCUCUGAUGAAGACGACGGCGGCAACAAUGACUCUUCGACUCAAUUUACAAUGGAAUUGGCUCGUGCUGAAUCAGGAAACAUGCCAAAGCGAUAUAUUCUGGAUAUGUCGAAAGAUUUUAUCCCUAUGUCGGUGUUUUGUGAGUCUUCAGAGGGGAAGGUGUCUGUUGAAGGGAAGAUCUUACACAAAUUUGACAUGAGGCUUCAUAAUGACAACAUCGAGAGCUAUGGUAAACUCUGCCGAGAAAGGGCAAACAAGUAUAUGUGCAGAAAUAGACAGAUACAGGUCAUUGAUGAUGCUACUGGAAUGCAUAUGAGGCCUAUGCCGGGAAUGAUCAUUCCAACCGGAAAUCCUGAAAAGAAGAAAGUGCCAAACAGGACAUCGGAAAUGAAAAGAACAAGAAGGGACCGGAGAGAGAUGGAAGAGAUCAUGUUCAAGCUAUUUGAAAGACAAUCAAAUUGGACUCUGAGACAGCUUAUUCAAGAAACAGACCAACCAGAGCAAUUUCUGAAAGACUUGCUAAGAGACCUAUGCAUGUACAACAACAAAGGAAGCAACCAAGGAUCUUAUGAGCUGAAGCCUGAGUACAAGAAGACCACAGAGGAUCAAACCAAUAAAUAGGCUUCACAAGAAGAAGAAGAAGAAGAAGAAGAAGAAGAAGAAAUGGUUAUGGAGAACGUGAUAAUAAGCUUGUGAUGUUGCAACAUCAUCUUUAGCUUUGGUGUCUCUAAGGUUUAGUUACUUCCAAUUUAAAUUCUUCUACACUGUUUUCUGCAAUGAACUUCGAUUGCCAACCUAGUGAAAUUGUGUAAAAAUUAAAAUCGAAAAGCAGAGGAAAUGUUGUUCAAAUA